AUGGCACCGUACGAGGCACUAUAUGGCAAAAAAUAUAGGUUAUCUAUAGGCUGGUUCGAUGUGGGUGAAAUUAAGUUUAUUGGCCCAGAUCUGAUUCAACAGGCAAUUGACAAGGUAAAGCUUAUUCAGGAACGAUUAUUGGCGGCUCAAAGUCGACAGAAAGCAUACGCAGAUAAUCAGCGUCGACCUUUAGAGUUCCAAGUGGAUGACUGGGUAUUCUUGAAAGUGUCACCUAUGAAGGGUGUCAUGAGAUUCGACAAAAAAGGGAAGCUUAGUUCGAGAUACAUCGGACCUUAUCAGAUUGUCCGUAAAGUAAGAAAGGUUGCCUAUGAGUUGGACUUACCAGCUGAUUUAGAAGCAGUACAUCCGGUAUUCCAUGUGUCUAUGCUUCGCAAAUUUAUUGGCGACCCUUCUAGAGUAUUUCCCAUACAAGACAUUCAGGUGACCGAAGAGCUGUCCUAUGAGGAACAGUCGAUGGCUAUUUCAGAUCGUCAAGUAAGGAGAUUAUGCACCAAAGAUGUGGCCUCUGUCAAGGUAUUAUGGCGCAACAAUCACCGAGAAGAAAUGACUUGGGAGGCUGAGGAAGAAAUGAAGAAGAAGUAUCCUCAGUUGUUCUCUGCACCCACAGGAAGACGACCUCAGAACAGAAUUCUAACGGUUUCAUCAGCUUUGAAAUGGCUAAAUUUGGCUAGUAGCAUCGUCGGCAUGAGUAUCGAUGCAAUCGGUUCAAGUUUGGAGCCAUUUGACGCUUUAGUAUUUGAAAUUUGGCGUAAGAUUGACUUUGGUCAAUAUUCUUGA